AUGAAGAAUGAUAUGAUGUUCCUGGACGCGAGCUUCACCGUCAUAUCCAAUUUUGUGGGAUUAAGGCGCGAGGAGGUGGUGUCCGCUGCAACCCAACUACUGAUGCAAGGCAACCCCGUGAGAUCCGGCGCGAAAGCAGAGGCAGGUGGCACCAAGAAUGCCCCACACACUCCACAGCGUCCACCAGGGCGCAAGCGGCUUGUUGACAGCAGUCCGGAGGAGGAUGUCGUACGCAAUGCUACCCGUGUUGCGCUGGCCGCCUCGUUCGGUGCAUGUGAUCCGACAGCGCGCUUGCUGCAAAACCCGCUGCUGUCGGGAGGGACCAUACCUCACUGGAUGUUCACCCACGGGAGACCGCUGCUCGGGGGGACGGUGCCGGCCGGAGCUGAUGCGUGGGGAGAUACGAGCGGCCACGAGACGGUGAAGGCAGAAGAAGAGGAGGAUCUCGUGUCAGGCACGAAGGACGAAGAGGAUGGUGACGACACGUGUGCAACGAAGUAUACAGGAGUGAAGUUGGAGAAAGCAUCAGGCAAGUUCGGCGUGAAGAUCCUGAUCAAAGAAGGAGGAAAGCGAAGGCAACAGCGACUGGGUGCAUACACAUCGGAGGAGGAGGCGGCGUAUGCGUACGCCGCAGGUGCGUUCGUCCUGAGGCCACGAGACAAGAUACCCAACACUGUCAGUCUGUCAGCCGCAGAGAAGGCGAUGCUGCGUGGCUGCACCAAGGAAGAUCUGCAGCUCCUGGUGGAAGCGAGGAAGUGGUGGAGGUGGCGGAGCUGGCGGGAGGCGAGGGAGGGCGUGAACUGGAAGAUGAAACGAGGGAGGAAGCGAGUGGUUGCCACGCGCUCGUCAAAGAGGCAGAGGGUGGUGGAUAGAAACAAGGCGGCCAACGAACCAGACGACCCUGACAAUGCUGAGAGUGGGGGAACGGCCCUUGUGCACAACGGCAGCAGCGGGUGUGCGUGGCACAAGGAAGCCGAGGAGGGUGUCGAAGAGUCUGCUGCGCAUGAGAUGUUGGCAGAACAUCCUGCCGUCUGUGUCAUCGCAGAUGAUGGCACUGGUGCAGAGAGUGCUUCAUUGUCCGAGCGCAAUGAAGAGGAUGGCGAGGUAGACUCAGACACAUCGGCCUCUGCCUCACCCGAAGAAUCGGGCGAACCUGCCAUUGGAGGGCAGACGGCCGACGAUGGGUGUGCGGGAACCGCUUCACCCAAAGCAGCCGGGCGCGAAAGUCGGGGCGCGGGGGAGACGGAUGUGUAUCGGGGCGAAGGCAGAGGACAUGUGGACGGGCAUGUGCACCGCGCAUGCGGGACCCCAGUGGACACCGACGGCCAUGACGUGCGCAUCUCGAAUCUGGUUCUAAAGCAACUCAUCCGGGCUCAGGACAAGAGCGCCAAGGAGAACGCGCGGUUGGAGGCGCUGUUUUUGAAUGCAAUGGCGGAGCGUUUUGGUGGAUCUUGUAAGCGUAAGGCUGGGAAGCAGAGAGACCCGGAGCAGGGGUGCAUGAACCCGAAGCGUAAGCGUGGCGAGACAUGGAGCGGCGGGUCGGACGAUGACGGAGAGGACGACGAGGAAGAUACGCAUGGUUCUGGUGGUCGUCAUAUGCGUACUGCAAAGUCUCCUAUUCUGCAACGCGCGUUGGCGCAUCUGCCGACAGACAAGGCGUGGAAGCGGGUGUGCGAGAUGGCCAGAGUUCACUUGUUUCUCAACAGGCCCACGUCGUCGAUGACCUUCUACCCGAGCAGCGAUAAUAAGACGCACGGAGUGUGCACGGUGCUGGACCGCCUGCCCCACAGCUUUGCCUGUUUGGCGUUGGCGGCUGACAAGUCGCGACGGGCGGAUCUCAAGAAGACGCUGUCGGAGUGGAAGACAAGGGCUGCCGCUCGCGUGCGAGACAUUGCACUUCCGAAGCUCGGCCUGUUCCGGGACGACAGGGACGCAUGCAGCCCGUGGGCACCUGAAAAGGAGCGUAGUAUCGACAAGAUAAGGGAGCGCAUUGGGCUUGGCGCUGACCCCCCCGAAACUCUAGUGCUGACCAGCUGGGCGCACGACAGGGAUGGCAUGCCGUUUGCCUCACGGGCGUUCGCGACAUGUGCGAAGGCUGCCUUCAAGCCGAAGAAGGCAUGGUUGGUGAUGACCCUUAAGGUGUACCAGCUAGCCUGGUUGGAGCAUGUGGUCUCCGACAGCGUCCUCUACUGGGAGGCGCGGAAAGGCCGGCUCUCCAACUCGGCGGGCGGGAACGCCCACGUGGUGGAUGGGCUCAAGGUCCUGGUCAAGGAGGCCGUGGAGAGGGCGAUCCGUAUCCGCAACCCCGAGUAUGACGUGGAGCGCGAAGCGUGGAUUUGGGGGCGCCAUGGCCUGCGCAUCUCUGCGUGCGGCCUGGAGCACAUGAAGCCCGCGGCCGCCACCGCAUUGCAAGGCAUCGUAGGGGAUGACGACCUUUCGCCGUCACUUGGUGAUGAGUAG